AUGACGUUGACGUGCCUCACCAGCAAGGUCCCACAGCAGCACGCUCUCACACGGAGCGUUGGCAGUGACGGUGUAUCCUGGCACACCCCACAAUUCGGAAAGGUACAGUUUUAUGGAGAUCGUAAAAAGAAAGGACUAAGGGAGAGAGCGCGAGAGAGAGAGGAUGAUAGGGAGGGAGAGAGAGGAAGGGAGCUGGUGAUUGGGAACCUGGCAGCUUCUAAAGAGGUUGGAGCAUCGGCCCGCUCAGCUCCAAAACUCAUGUCUCCCUCUGAUUUCCUGGACAAGUUGAUGGGGAAGAUCUCUGGAUAUGAUGCCCGUAUCCGACCCAAUUUCAAAGGUCCUCCAGUGAAUGUAACCUGCAACAUCUUCAUUAACAGCUUUGGGUCAAUUGCAGAAACAACCAUGGAUUACAGGUUGAAUAUUUUCUUGCGCCAGCAGUGGAAUGACCCCCGGUUAGCUUUCAGUGAAUUCCCAGAUGAUUCUUUGGAUUUGGACCCUUCUAUGUUAGACUCAAUUUGGAAGCCAGAUUUGUUCUUUGCCAAUGAGAAGGGAGCUAACUUCCAUGAAAUCACAACUGACAACAAGCUAUUGAGAAUCUUCAAGAAUGGCAAUGUUCUUUACAGUAUACGGUUGACUCUGACAUUGGCCUGUCCCAUGGACUUAAAAAAUUUCCCAAUGGAUGUUCAAACUUGUAUCAUGCAACUGGAGAGCUUUGGCUACACAAUGAAUGACCUCAUAUUUGAAUGGGAAGAGGUGGGUGCUGUACAGGUCGCAGAUGGACUUACCCUGCCUCAGUUUAUCCUGAAGGAGGAGAAAGACCUACGAUAUUGCACCAAGCAUUACAACACUGGGAAAUUCACUUGCAUUGAGGCACGCUUUCACCUAGAGAGACAAAUGGGUUACUAUCUGAUUCAGAUGUACAUCCCAAGUUUGCUGAUUGUCAUCCUCUCCUGGGUGUCGUUUUGGAUCAAUAUGGAUGCAGCUCCAGCUAGAGUUGGACUUGGCAUCACUACUGUCCUGACUAUGACCACUCAAAGUUCUGGGUCCAGAGCCUCUCUACCAAAGGUGUCCUAUGUCAAAGCAAUCGAUAUUUGGAUGGCUGUAUGUCUGCUCUUUGUCUUCUCUGCUCUGUUGGAAUAUGCAGCUGUCAACUUUGUAUCUCGUCAGCACAAGGAGCUUCUUCGUUUCAGGAGAAGGAGACGGCAUCACAAGGAGGAUGACACAGGAGAAGGUCGCUUCAGCUUCGCUGCAUAUGGAAUGGGACCCGCGUGUCUCCAGGCCAAAGAUGGAAUCUCCAUGAAAGGAAACAACAACAACAACCCCACAAGCUCAGCCCCUCCUGCCUCUAGAUCAUCAGAUGAGAUGAGGAAGCUCUUCAUCAGCAGGGCCAAGAAGAUUGACAAGAUAUCAAGGAUUGGGUUCCCUUUGGUUUUUCUUAUAUUCAACACCUUCUAUUGGAUCAUAUACAAGAUUGUGCGCAGUGAAGAUGUACACAAGCAGUGAGGAGGAGGAGGAGGGAUGGGGAGGGAAUGGGACGUAACAAGAAGUAAAAAACUUUUUUUGAGGUUUGGAUGGAAGAGAGGAAUAAAUCUUUAAAGGGGAAUGGGGAAGAAGGCAAAUUGGGGGAAAAAAAUAAAGAUGAUAUGGUGAAAAAUGAUGAAUAUUAAUUUAGGGACUCUAAAUAAAUGGAAUUAAGAUGUGGCAUGCCUGGAAAGAUGGAGGGAUAGAAAACGCUAGGUUAAAAAGUUGAAAAUGUGCUGGAUAAGAAGACGUGAGAAAAGUGUAUUGGUGUCAUUUAAGAAACGAGGAAUCAAAGACAUUCUCUAUAAACUUUGUAUUAAGUCUGUGCAAUAGCAAUGCAGAAAUGCAUGAUUUUAAGAAUGUGGCAAUAUCUAUUUAAACUAAUUUCAAGGAUUGGGGGCUUUUAAAUCCAUGAUGCUGGGGUUUACAUUGGGAAAUGCAUACAGGCCUUAAGAGAAUUUGGAAUUGGAGGUAUUGGAACUGAGUUUGCUGGUGAAUGCAAAGUAUCGGGCAAACUAUUGGUGAACAAAUGAAAAGUGCCGGUUAUUAUAUGUAAAAUAUGCAAUAUGUAUCCUUGCCGAAUUAUACCCCAAAAA